CUGGCAUCAGCUUAUCAUGUCACGGUUGAAAUCACAGAGAUCACAUUUACCCCAUUCUAAUGUUUGAUUUGAACAUGAACUGAAGCUCCUUACUUAUAUUUGCAUGCUUUUGUGCAUUGGUCUGCUCCCACAAGAAUGCAUGGACAAGCAGGUUUACAGAGGUUCCUAAUGCUUUGCUCAGUAUGUUUCUUCUCCAGUGACACCCAUCCGAUCCCUGAGCCCAAAAUUGCUGCUAAGCACCCUUUCAAAGUGGACCUGGAGGCAGGAAAACGCUACUCAUGGUGUGCAUGUGGACAUAGCAUGAAGCAGCCUUUCUGUGAUGGUACCCACAAAAAGCAAGCUCCUGGAUUGUCUCCUGUCCGUUUCACGCUAGAUGAAGCCAAGACAGUUUGGCUGUGUGGGUGUAAAAGGACUCAGAAUGCACCGUACUGCGAUGGGACCCACAAGAGUGAUUUGGUGCAGAGCAAUGAAAGCGGCUUGCCCUGACAAGCCUACAGGACCAAGCGUGCACAGUUAUCAAUGUUAGAAAGCGUUCCGUUUCAGAAGUAUCUAUGUACAGUAUUCACACAUUGCCGACAUGUCAAGAUUGUUCUGAUCUCCAGGGUCCCUGCAGUUUUUGAUUAUUUUACGCACAACUACAGGCACUUUUUUGAAUGUUAAUGAAAUAAAAAAAGGAAAUCAGUGUUUCACCAUCUGAAUAGUUUGCAAAAUGUAAAGGUGCUCUGCAAGAAAAGAAAAAAAUAUGUUGUGGUGUCUGUGCCAAAAAUAGUUCUGCUUGCAAAUUUCCUGUGUCUGAUAUGUGGUCUCAAGUAAUGUCCCUGUAUAUUGAGUCUGUUGUGCAUCGGUUGAUAAUAAAAUCAAUUGUUUAAAAACACAAUAUUUAAAGAAUUAA